AUGUCAACCAGGACAUACUCAAAGUCUAUACCAAAUGCUCCCGAAGAUACUCGACCCAUUGAGGUCAGGAGUAACCUCGAAUAUGGAAGGCAACUGUCCAACGAGUACUUGUAUGUGUCGAAGCAUCCAGUAGGAGAACCCUUGCCGACGCCCAUUGAUGACGACCCACCAUAUCCUAUUUAUUUAUUGACUUAUUUAAACUACCUCAUAUUGAUUAUCAUUGGACACAUUAGAGACUUUUUCGGAAAGAUUUUCAAACCUCAGGAAUAUAAACAUUUAGUUGAAAAAGACGGAUAUGCCCCCUGGUAUGACGGAUUUGAGAGCUUUUACGUUAGAAGACUAAAAACAAGAAUUGAUGAUUUAUUUGCAAGACCCAUUUAUGGAGCACCUGGAAGAUAUAUCAAGUGUUUCAAUAGAAUUAGGGAUGGAAAAACUGGUUACUUGUAUGACGGAACUUCAACGGAAUGUCUCAACUUAUCCUCAUACAACUAUCUUGGGUUUGCACAAUCAAGUGGAGCAUGUACCGACUUUGCAUUAAAGUGUGUUGACGAGUACGGUACCUCGGGAUGUUCACCAAGAUUAUAUUGCGGUACCACCGACUUGCACCGCGAGUGUGAGAGAGUCAUUGCUGAGUUUGUUGGUAAAGAAGAUGCUAUUGUUGUUAGUCAAGGAUAUGGGACAAAUGCAACUUUUUUUGCCUCCGUUGCCGACUCUAAAACGUUGAUUAUCUCCGAUGAGUUGAAUCACGCAUCAAUCAGGUUCGGUAUUAGGAUCUCGGGGGCAAUUGUCAAAGUGUACAAACACAACGAUAUGAAAGAUUUAGAACAAGUUAUCCGUACCCAAAUAGCGCAAGGACAGCCAAAGACUCACAGGCCAUGGAAGAAAAUCAUCAUCGCUGUCGAAGGGUUGUACUCCAUGGAAGGUAAUAUGUGCAAUUUGCCAGAAAUCGUUGAACUUAAAGAGAAAUACAAAUGCUACUUGUUUGUUGAUGAAGCUCAUUCAAUUGGUGCAUUGGGUCCAGAAGGACGAGGAAUUUGCGACUACUUUUCCGUGGACCCAGCUAGGGUCGAUAUUUUGAUGGGGACUUUAACCAAAUCAUUUGGUGCUACCGGUGGUUACAUUGCAGGUGAUAAAACGUUAAUUGACAGAAUGAGAUUGGAUUAUCAAACCAAUUCAUAUAGUGAAUCUGUACCUCCUCCCGUUUUGGGUCAAAUGAUUUCCUCGUUGAAUGUGAUUAGGGGCACGCUUAAUCCUGGUGAGGGACAAGAGAGGUUGCAGAGAAUUGCAUUUAACUCACGUUACUUGCGAUUGGGAUUGAAAAAGUUGGGUUACAUUGUUUAUGGGGCCGAUGACUCGCCGGUUAUUCCAGUUUUGUUGUUUUUGCCUUCCAAAAUGCCAGCUGUUUCAAGAAUGUUGUAUGAUUUGGGCAUCGCUGUGGUUGUUGUGAGCUACCCAGCAACACCAUUGGCCAGUGCAAGGGUAAGAUUAUGUGUUUCUUCGGCAUUAACAAAAGAAGAUUUGGACUAUGUGCUUGAAAAGUUUGAUCAAAUUGGUGACUUGCUAUAUUUGAAAUUUAGUAGUGGUAUUGCUGGAGGGUCUAAAGUGCCUGGACAGCCCCCACGGUGGUCGAUUGAAGACGUUUUGGCUACAAAUGUUGAGGACAGCAAAAGACCCAAGUUACUAUAA